AUGUUGUUCAUCCAAUCACAGCUAUACAGCUGGAAUGGUCCUUAUGGACUAGAGAUGCAGAGGAAGAGGUCAUUUCCACUUGCAAGAGCACUUAAGAAAUUAGUUGAAGAGGGUAAAAUAAAUUACAUUGGUCUGUCUGAAGCUUUACCUGAUAUAAUCAGAAGGGUGCAUGUUGUUCAUCCAAUCACAGCUAUACAGCUGGAAUGGUCCUUAUGGACUAGAGAUGCAGAGGAAGAGACUAUGCCAAGGUUUCAACCAGAGAAUGUCGAGCAUAAGAACAAGUUGUACGAGCAAGUUAAUAUAAUAGCAACAAGGAAGGGAUACACUAUACCACAGCUAGCAUUGUCCUGGGUCCAUCACCAAGGGGAUGAUGUUUCUCCCAUACUUGGCACCACCAAGAUCAAAAACUUCAAUCAGAAUGUCGGAGCUUUAUCUAUAAAACUAACACCCGAUGAAAUGGCUGAGCUUGAGUCUAUUGAUACGGCUGAUGCGGUGAAGGGUGAGAGUUAUUCAUCUUCACACAUGGCUUUCACUUGGAGAUUUGCAAAUACUCCUCCUCUGUCCUCUUGGAAAGCUAAAUGA